UUUUUUUUUAAUUUUUUUUUCUCUUGUAUAUUUAUUAUCAAAAUUAAUAUUUUUUAAAAAAAAAUGCCUACUUUUUCAUCUAAAUUAAAUCGUAUGAAAUCUGUAAAGCUUCCUUUUCAACAUAAUAAUAAAAGAUUACCAAGUCCAGAAAUUGUAGUGACAACAUCUUUAUCAACAAGUAAAUCUGGGAUAACCCCUGAAUCGAUAGAGACGAUUGUUUCUAAUAAACCCUCCUUAUUUACUUUCUCAGAGACACUUGAAGCUAUUACUAAAGAAGCUGAUCGAACUCAAUUCGAUGAUGUCUUUGGUAGUUUCUUUUUUAAUGAUAAACGUUGUCAACAUCGUGCUCUCUUUAUGGCAGCACGACUUCAACAAACAUUAAAUAAGUUUAUUAAAUUUCAAGACCCUAUACGAAUGCUGUCAUCACUUGAUCAUACAACAUGCGUUAGCAGCUUCUGGCGUCUGGUCACUCAUCGUCUUUAUACUUUAAAUUACAUCUUGUUUGUCUUACCUUCUGAUUCAACGACUCGAGCGGACUUCUUGAGAAGAAUGGAAGAUGAUUUGAAACGUCAAUCUGAUGGUCUCGAAUUGACUAGACGAGGUGGGAUGGAAGCUCAUUUUGCGGUCCGAUAUGCUUUAAAGUACCGACGUAAAAGGAGGAAGACCUUAUUGGAAGACGCAUUUAAAGAAGAAGAAGAACAGAAGAGACGGCAAAAAGGUGAAGUCAUAGUAGGGAAUCAUGAAGAUAAAGAAUAUGAUGAAAUUGUUGCUCAGGCUAGGGAAGUGAUUGAACAAUGUUUAGAAAGUGAGUCAAGUUUGGCUCAGAAUUCAGAAAGAGAUGCAAUGUAUAUAUUUCAUAGUACACGAGCUGGAUUUCUAAAUGCUUUUCAACCUCGUAUUGAGCUAGAGGAAGAUAGAGCAUUGCGUCAUAGAUUAAGAAGAAUGGUUGAGUAUAAUCAAAGUCAUCAGAUGGUCUAUGAUAAUCCUUUCGAGGAUGAAGAUUUAAUUGUGACUGAGGAAGAAGAAGAAGAAGCAAAUAGCUGUAGUAGCAGAAGUAAAUCAAGGGAAGUAGAUAGCGGAUUCUACGACGGUUGGGCAAAUAUGUCUACUGCUACUACAAGUGCAUAAAUACAAUAAUUAAACAUACAUAGAAAGAUACAAUUUAAACCAAUCAAAAAAAAACUAAUAAUUAUACAACAUCUUUUAUUUUAUUUUUAUUAUUUAUUUUUUUAUUUUUUUUUUAAAAAUAAAAGAACUUCUUCUCCUUUAUAA